AUGGCCGGUGAAGGAGAGACCAGUCUCGAGUUGAAUUUCGAGGCCACGAGCGACCGAAGAACGAGUUCCCUGUCCGAUCUGCGCAAAACGGUACGCCAGACCCGAGAGGAGCGGUUACGGGAUGGUCGGAGGACCCAGGGAAAGGCGCGAGUUGAGAACUCCGAUCAAAGGAUAGCAGAGGAGGAAGAGAAGGGAAGCUUCAGCGUCACCUCGGACGACUUGGGCAUGAAGAAGUGA